AUAGACUGGUACCGGAGUCGUAUUACCUAGUGCCUACAUUAAAACUAAAAGGUCACGGGUACCAGAUUACAGGUGAGACUGGGCACAGGUAAACACAAUGACCAGCAUAGAAGCUUGGAAUAGUACAGACGGUCUACCAAGACAAUUUUUAUCCUCUUUAAGAACUUUAUUCGAUAUAUUAGAUGAGAAAAAAUGUGGCUAUGUUAGGCUUCAAGAUAUUGAAACCAGAUGGCACGAAGAAGGCGUGAAAGGGCUCCCAAGUGGAGUUACAGAUGCACUAAGAAAAGUCGUACCACCAAAUGGUUAUCUUAGCUUUGAACGCUUUGUAUCAGGGCUAAAGUUAGCACUGUUGACAAGUAAAACCAAACCGAAUAGCAAUCCGGUCAAUGAAAAAGAGAACAUUGAUUACAAAGACAACCAAAGAAAUAAACUUCCAAGUCAGGGCCCACAAAAUUCAAAUUUACAAUACAGACAGCGACAUACCAGACAAAAAUUAACAAGUACAUCACUGUCACCAGACCCAAUAAAUUCAAAGAACAAUUAUGAUGAAAGGACGAAUCCAAAUAUCUUACAAAAUUUGUCAAACCAAAGACCUCAGAAUGUUAACCCAACUGCCACAGUUCCGCCAAAUAAUGUACAUGGUCACAUUCCAACUCCGGCGUGGAAAAAUCCCACAAAUCGUGAACAGAAGAGUGAAAAAUCAUAUCGCAGGGAAGGAUAUCAAAAUGCACAGUCAGCACCACCUCCAAGACCAGAUCGAUCUCCACAAAAGACCCAGUCUGAACUGCCUCCAAAGAUUCCACCUAGAGGAAACACAAGUAAAAGGAUUAUAAGUGAACUUAAAAAUUGGCAGCAACGAAUGCAUGGAAUACAGCAAUCUAAAGACAAAUCUACAAUUGAUUCAAAGUCUCCGGAACAAAGUUCUGCCCAGAAUGAAAUAUAUGUAAAUAUUGCCCAGUUAAAUGCAUCAGACCAUGGUCCCACAACUUCUAGUCAUCCAUCCAGUAUUAAGAGACGAGAUUCUGCAAGACGACAUACAUUAUCAAGUGGAGUAGACUCUAACAUGAUAAAAAGAGCCAAGCAGUUAGAUGAAGAAAAACAAAUAUUAAUUCAGGGGUUAGCCAUGAUAGACAAAGCUCGUCUGUGGUAUCUAAAACAGAUUAACUUAAUGGAAGAAAAGCAGAAAUAUGUCGGCAAAACUUCACAUAAUGACUACAAUUUAGAGGCAAUGCAAGAGAGAAUGAAUUUUGAAAAAGCUAGAAUAGCUGAAGUGAAUCAUCAAAUUAAAACACUUGUAGACAGUAGUGAAAAGGGUUUUCCACUCCAUAUGAACCUUGCUAUGACCUCUACUAAUCAUCAGUUGCAAAGUACCAUUAAAGUUGUCAAAGGUCAAAAUAAACAGUUAACAAAGGAAAUCAGUCAGAAAAGUGAUAAAAUCACACAACUUGAACAAGAAAAGGCACAGUUGAUUAGAGAUCUGUUUGAAGCUCGCUCAAGCCACAAAACUAAUUACGAUGAUACAACAUUUAUGUAAUUUUCAAUACAGUUGUCGUCGUAAUUUUGUAUUACAUCUAACAAGAUCAAAGAGCAGCUCAAAUAUCUUAAUUUAGUGACUCUCAUUAAAUUGGUACCCAUAUUUGGUGACCAUUUAAAAUCAUUGAAAAACAUUUUGCCUGCAAAACACAAGGCAACCAAAGAUGCUUGGAGAAAUGACCAACAUUACAAGAGGCUACUAAUGCAGAUGGAGGAAUUUGGUUUUUACAUUUUAUGUGUGUGGCAGAUGCCCAUGCCUGUAAAGUUUUUUUCUGUAACAAAUCUACCUUCAACAGUAUUGUCUUGAAAAAAAUAACUUUUACCCUUUGCCAUUCAAAAUUCCAAAGUAGAAUUUUCCUUGUAAAAAAUUGAAAAUACUCUAACCAAAUCUAUUUGAUUUUAAGGCAAUUUUUAGAAUUUUGGGAAAUACCAAACAUGUAGUUUCCUGUCAGUAAUUGACGCCAAUGAUUUUUUAAAAUUUAUUUUACAUAAUAUGUAGGAAUUUUAGUGUAAUCUGAUAGACAAGUUCUUUCAGGUUUAGUUUGAUUUUUAAGAAAGCUUUUUUCAAUCUCUGUCCAUAUUGGUGGAAAUUAUCAAGAAAAGAUAGUGUCCUUUGGUUAACAUUAUUCUUACAACUGAUUUGCUGUUUACAUAAUUUGUUGGACAAUUAAACAUUAUUUUUUUAUUUAUUCUUAAAAAUUCACCAUGAAAGAGCAUAAAAAGCCAAAAGUUAAGUUUCCAUUAAAUUUGUUAUUCCACUACCAAAUUUUUUUUUCACAUUUUUAAUUAACCACUUAGCACUGUUUGAGGUUAGUUUUAACUUUUGUUAUUUAUGCUUUGGAUUUCUUAAUUUUUUGGUUAACAUUAAAAUGACUUCUUUACUUUC